AUGAUUAGGGAUAGUUCCAAGCAGAAGAUUUCUGGGGUGUGGGGCUUAUUCAUAUUAUUUGCAUCCGUAAAGUUAUCUCUAUCUUUGUUCUUCUUAUCUAUCUAUCUAUCUAUCUAUCUAUCUAUCUAUCUAUCUCAGUCUCUCUUAUUUAUCAAUCUAUCUCAUUCUUUUUCAAUCUAUCUAUCUAUCUAUCUAUCUAUCUAUCUAUCUAUCUAUCUAUCUAUCUAUCCCUCACAGUCUUUCUACUCUUUGUCUAUUUUAGUUUGUUUACUAUCUUUCUCUCUAUCUCUGUUCUCUCUCUCUCUAUAUAUAUAUAUAUAUCUAUCGCAGUCUGCUUACUCUCUACUUAUCUAUCUAAGUUUGUUCAUAUCUAUCUAUCUAUCUAUCACCUUCUCUUCUUAUCGCCCAGUUUUUCGUUGUCUUUCUACACAAAAUUACAUGUACCCCUAUAUUAAUAUAAUCAUCAUCAUACGAGGUAAACCUGUUCAUUUUAAACAAGGAACGUUUAUUUUUUAA